AUGGCGCAAUUGGCACGCUAUGAUAAUGAUGGCAAUGUUGAAGUCAUGUACCUGGCAAUUAUGAAGGACAGGGGCUACAGUGACUCAGGAAUAUCUAACUAUCUUGUCAUCAAGGAGUAUCAUAUAAUGGGCGAGCCAGAGUACCAUAAGAGGAUAAGCAAUCAUAGAUCAGUAGAAGAUACAUUGUUCACAUUCAAGGUUCACUACCAAGAACUGACCAAUCAGGAAUAUAUCCCUGGAAAUGAGAUUCCACCUUCAGGAUCAUAUUAUGACCACUACUCCACAAUGUUGCCAAUACGUCCACGCAUACCUUCAUUGAAACAGAUCUGUUUCUCAGUCCUCAAGGAGUUAUUCAUCAUUGAUAGGGAUGAUUUCAAUCAGAAGUUUCGAGGAUUGCCAAUGGACCUAUUGCCAGAGUUCUGCUCGUCCUGUUUGAAAGAUAGAAGACCCGUUGGCCAUCAGCUAUCAGAGUACCUGUUGGCAACUGUACCAAGUAUGCCAGAGUUUGAAGGUGUCAAUAUCGUCGAGCUACUACCCUUCCAACCAAUGGUUGAAGCAAUGUUCAAUCGACAUCUAUACAGUCUAUUCAUCAAGUGUGAUCAAGUACCUCGCCAUCUACUUAAUCCUGCAGUGCUCGACAAUCUACUCAUUGAUGUCUAUGACAACAUUCAUCUAUUCAAGUCAACACCAUUGCCUCCCGACAAUGUCCUGUUUCCUCCAUCAUCCCACAUUAGCAAGGCACCUGGUGAUACAUCAAUCGUUGACUAUGACACAUUCCUCAAGAACUUCACCGAGUACACGUCCAGCCAGUUCUCCAGUCUCACAUCGGAGGAUUGGGAGAACAUUGUAAUCUUUGGUGGAGCACUUACUUCAUCUCUAAUCGGGGCAACCAAGGGCUUCGAGGUGGCAGACAUUGAUGUCUGUAUCUAUGGCCUUUCAGACCCGAAAGCGGGACAGUCAAAGGUCGCCAAUAUCAUGCGUACACUUGGUGUUUUCAAUAAUGAUGACUACAGCUUGACAAUCGACCAGACCUCUGCUACAUUCUCAAGACACUAUCCAUAUCGUCAUAUCCAGUUCAUGCUGCAGCACCAACCUACACUCCAGGAUGUGCUGCUUAAUGUCGAUGUUGACUGUGCUUGCUUUACCUUUGACGGAAAGAGAGUGUGGACUACACAACGUGGUGUGAUGGCGAUGAACCAUCGCAGCAACUUGGCAACACAGUAUGGAGCAACACUAACCCUGGACUGGCACUACCAGAGGAAAUUAAUUAGAUACAGACGACGUGGCUUUGGUAUUGGCUACCUUCCAACCAAGGUGAUACUCCAAGAGAUGGCAACUCUCAAUCAUGGAGUUAGGGCUAAUGGAAUAUGGUCACUACUCUCAGCCAAGGAGGAUGUCGUGACAUUGAUGCAACUGACAAGACAUGUGAUGAGGAAUCCUGGUUCACUAUCAGUUGGAAAGUGGCGACGUCACGAACUACCGGCCUACACUGGUGUUCAUUCAUUCAAUGAUAAUAUAGAAAGCAGUUCUAAAUCGUUCGAUGAAGAGAAAGAUGAGACAUUCAGCGAUGACAGUCUAAGUUGCUACAGUGAUGUAGAAGAUGACUAUGAUGACUUUGAUAACUAUGAUGAUGAUGAUGAUUUUGAUGAAGUUGAUAUUACAACUCAAACAUACUCUCAUUCAUUAACUUCGACCACAACAACAACAACAACUACUCUUGGGGAUCUGUAA